AAGAGGAGGAGGAGGAGAGAGCUGUCAAAGAGGAGGAGGAGGAGGAGGAUAGCAGAGAAUUGUCUGAUCCAGAUCUGGAGGAAGAAGUAGAUAGUAUCACUGACCCAGGAGAGAUCUCCAACCCAGGUUCAGACAGUGAGCCCAGUUCCACAGCAUCAGGAAACCAUAAACACAGACAGAGGAACUCAAGACAGAAACAUCACCACUGCAUGGACUGCUUCACUAGUUUCUAUGAUCCAGAGGAGUUGAGAAGGCACACUUGUAGGCCCCACCCCUGCUCAGAUUGCAGAGGCAGUUUUAUUUGUCCAAUUCACCUCCUACCACGCAAAAAGACCCUCAAAAGAAAGAAAACGUACCCGUGUGGUCAAUGUGGGAAGAGAUUUCAGACACCAAGCAGCUUGAAGACGCACCAGCUUACUCACACAGGAAAGAAGUCGUACCACUGCUCCCAGUGUAGGAAGACUUUCAGUUGUUCGUUCAAUUUGAAGAGGCAUCAGAGAAUACAUACAGGAGAGAAGCCUUUCCACUGCUUCCAAUGUGGGAAGAGCUUCCGUAUGGAAGGACAGCUAAAUGAACACAAGAGAAUACACACAGGAGAAAAGCCGUACCACUGCUUUCAGUGUGGGAAGAGCUUUGGUCGGGCAGGAGCUCUAAAGGCACACCAGCUAAUUCACACAGGAGAGAAGCCAUACCACUGCUCUCAGUGUGGGAAGAGCUUCAGUCAAGCAGGACACCUGAAGACACACCAUCGAAUUCACUCGGGAGAGAAGCCAUACCACUGCUCUGUUUGUGAGAUGAGUUUUCCUCUUUUACAGACCUUAAAUAGACACCAGCUUACUCACACAAGAACGAUGCCUUAUCACUGCUCCCAGUGUGGGAAGAGCUUCAGUCAAACAGGAAGCCUGAGGGCACACCAGUUAACUCACACAGUAGAGAAGCCUUACCACUGCCUUCAAUGUGGAAAGAGUUUCAGUCAUUCAUCAAAUGUGACGGCCCACCAGUUAACUCACACAGGAGAGAAGAAUUACCACUGCACUCAGUGUGGGAAGAGCUUCAGUCUGGCAAGAUAUCUGAAGAAACAUAGUCAAACGCACACGGGAGAGAAGCCUUACCACUGCCCUCAGUGUGGGAAGAGUUUCCGUCAGUCAUCACAUCUGAGGGCACACAAGUUAACUCACACAGGAGAGAAGCCCUGUACCGCUUCUCUCAGUGUGGGAAGAUCUUCAGGCAGACAGCAGACUUAAAGAGACACCAGCUAAACGUGGACACGUUUUUAUCCCGAUCUACAGGCUCCAGAUCAGAUCCCGGCCCAUUGACUGUUCCUAGGCCGUCAUUGAAAAUAAGAAUUUGUUCUUAACUGACUUGCCUAGUUAAAUAAAGGUAAAAUUAAAAAUAUAUAUAUAUAUCGGAGUAAAACCUAGCGCGGCAGCCCGUAAAGUGUUAAUACCUACCUGAUUCCCGGUUGAUGGCUCUCGCUUUCUCCGCUCUACAGGCUCUUACGACCAACCGUCACAAUAAUUUAACAUGUUGAAUAUAUUGGGCCUCAAAUCAGCCAUUAUUGCUGAGUGCGAGCAGUGCUCAGAGCACUUAUGAGGCACGUCCCACCGUCAGCCAAUCAGCUCCUCAGAACUAUAAAGGGUCUCUACUACACAAGUUCAUAACAAUGGCACCAAAAAAAAGGAAACAAGGCAGGAUGUACUCUUGUUCCUAUGGUGACUCGGUAGCUAGCUCAAGCUGGCUAAUGUUACCCACAUCUCAUGCUCUUCAAGGACUUUGUGACUGUGUUAUCUAGUGGGAAGCCGUUAUGUUGUGUUCUAACUGGUCUCCAGUAGUUGAGCUCUAGCAUGCCGAACAUAACUGUGCUUUGGCUAGGCUAAUAGCUAACGUUGGCUAGGCUAAUAGCUAACGUUGGCUAGGCUAAUAAUUGCAUAUAGCAAACAUUUUCGCAUAAUUGGUUAGAUGGAAGGGCUGGAUAUUGAUGCACGGACCGGUUUGGGUUUUUACUUUACAUUCUAUGUCGGCCGUCAAUGUAAUUUAAGAAUUUGUUUUUAUUGGACUUGCCAAGUUAAAGAUUUUUAUUUUUUUAUAAAUAUAACGGUAUUUUAAUGUUUGGUUUGUUAAAUGUGAUAUGCCGUGUCCAUUUUGAUCGUUUACUCUGCUACUUGAGUUAUCUCUCUCUAUGCCGCGUUCCACACAGACCUAGCCCCGCCCCUUUCAUUCAAGGUGACACGUGUUGUUUCUGGUCCACCAGACACGUGCGUUCAGUCUGC